AUGUCUGCAAUUGGGUCCUUGAUCUUCUGUACCGAUUGUGGAAAUCUUCUACACGAGUCUACAGGUGACCCGAAUACUAUCCUCGUCUGUGACGUUUGCGGGGCUCGAAACAGAGUUCCACAGACCAUCAUUUCCGAGUCGAAGCCGAAUGCUUUCCCUUCCGCGUUAAGAUCAAAGAGAUCCGCAGUUCAGACCUUGACUGCUGAAGACAAGAAGACCGAGGCUAUUGCUCAACAUACUUGUGCCAAGUGUGGGAGGAAAGAAAUGUUCUUUACGACAGCUCAGUUGCGUAGUGCAGAUGAAGGAAGCACAGUUUUUUACAGAUGUGUGUGUGGAUACAAGGAGACUGUCAACAACUAA